GGUCCCAGAGGUCUUUUGUAAAGAUGAAGAGAAUCGUUUUUAUGACGCUCCCCAGCGUGUUCAUUGUAUAAUUUAUAAGACAUCCAGGACAUCUUCUCUAGAGGCACAAAGCAUCACCUGAACCGCGUUUCUAUCCAUCUGCAUUGAACACUGUUCCUUAUUGGAUGCCUUCCCUUGACACUUGGUGUUAUCUGUCUGGAUCGCCUUCCUUUUCUCCGGCUCUCAAAUCUCAUAUCUUCGGCUAAUAAAGAAUUCUCAGAAUAUGUGACAGCAUCAUCAUGAAUGCAAGUUACAACAGCACAGACAUCAGUCUGUAUCUGGCCAACAAUCUGCAAGGAAAGAAGAGUUUCCUGGAACCCACUGCUAUUGCGAGGAAUCAGUGGCCAGAACAUCAAAGUGAAACUGACCCAUCUUACCGCGAGAAUUCCAGCAUAAAAGCCUUGACAAAUGCUACAUUCACAGCCAAUCUGGUGUACGAUCCCCUGGGGGGGCAUCAAAUCUGGCAGGUCAUCCUCAUCGUCUUCUUUUCUGGAUUGUUAUCCUUAGUUACAAUCAUCGGUAACAUUCUUGUACUGGUUUCAUUCAAGGUGAACAAGCAGCUCAAGACGGUGAAUAAUUACUUCCUCCUUAGCCUUGCAUUUGCAGAUUUGAUCAUCGGUCUUUGUUCAAUGAAUCUUUAUACAACUUAUAUAAUAAUGGACCACUGGGCAUUGGGAAACUGGGCAUGCGAUUUGUGGCUUGCCAUUGAUUAUGUAGCUAGCAAUGCCUCCGUUAUGAAUCUUUUAGUUAUAAGUUUUGAUAGAUACUUUUCUAUAACCAGACCUCUCACUUAUAGGGCUAAAAGAACAACAAAAAGAGCUUGGAUAAUGAUUGGACUGGCAUGGUUAAUCUCUUUUGUGCUUUGGGCCCCUGCCAUAUUGUUAUGGCAGUACUUCGCAGGAGCACGCACUGUGCCAGUUGAUAAAUGCCUCAUCCCGUUUCUCUCGGAGCCCAUCAUCACCUUCUGCACAGCAAUCGCUGCGUUUUACCUGCCAGUCACCAUCAUGAUUGUGCUGUAUUGGAGGAUCUACAUGGAGACGGAGAAUCGCUCAAAAGAGCUGGCUGUUUUGCAGGCCUCAGGCAGCAGGAGAGAAAAGUCACACUUCAUUCACCAGCUUGGAAAUUCCCAGAGUUGCAGCAUUUUUGAGAUGACACAGCUGCCGCAUGGGCGUGCGUCCAGAAGAACGUUAAGCUGCUUCAGGUUCGGGCCCAACACCGCGGGACAAGGCUGUGAGGGGGAGCGGGACCACAGCAGCGGCGACGGCUGGAACAACAUGGGUGUCUCCACUGAGCAGCCGGUCUCUUCAGAUGAGGAGGAGAUACCUGAAUGCCAUUCCAUCUUCUCCAUCGUUCUCAACCUCCCCGGCUUGAAGGCAGAUAGCAGACUGCAACUUAUAUCGCCUAAGGCGCUGACUGUUUCGGAGGAGAAUAGAGGAAGGUCUACGGAGGACUGCAGGGACAGCACCUCGACAAAAGGUGGAAACAAGAAGGAGGUCCAUACCUACCACCAGCACUUCUCCAAGAUAUCUGUCCAGUCGAUGUCCACCUGUACAACCCUGAGCACAGGCAGAGUAGCUCUCACUACCAAGUCCUCCAUGGCAGCUAUUUCCAACAAAGAUGCUGCCCUGGCGAAGCAGUUUGCCUUAAAGACAAGGACACAGAUCAAUAAACGCAGAAGAACGACUCUCAUCAAAGAGAAAAAAGCUGCACAGACACUGAGCGCAAUCCUCUUUGCCUUCAUUAUUACAUGGACGCCCUACAAUAUCAUGGUGCUGCUGAAUACUUUUUGUAAUGGGUGCAUUCCAGAGGCUCUAUGGGCUCUGGGCUACUGGCUUUGUUAUGUCAAUAGCACGGUGAAUCCGAUGUGUUAUGCCUUGUGUAACAAAGCUUUCCGGACCACUUUCAAAAUGAUCCUGCUAUGUGAGAGAGAGAACAGAGAGCAGUUCAGGCAGUUUGAGAAGAAGCAGUCGGCGGUUUACUGCAGCAGGGUGUUUAAAGGAACUACAGCAUCUGAAGAAUCUACGGUACAUUUUGAUUGGUCUGUGGACCCUUAAAGUCAUCCUCUGUUUGCCCAAUCAGUUUCUCAGUGGUUAAUGUUUGAAUUGAAAAGGUGUGGUAUGGGCUGUCAUUUGAUCAAGACAAGUGCCACUGUCUUUUGAAGAGGCAACUACAGUAAUACAAACAAGGCAUGACUUCCCUUUUGGUAAAUUUACGGAGCUUCUUUGCUA